UCAUCAGUUGUUUUUGCGGUGGCGUGAUAAGAUUGAAAUCUAGAAUCGUGAAUAUUAUAAAUAGUGAUCGAUCUAAUGAUUUGGUUGAAUUGGCAGUGGGAAGUAAAAUUGGUGGAAAUGAAGUACACUCUUGCUUUGCUGUUUGUUUCUUUGGCUUACACAGCCCAUGCUGUGCCCAUCCAAGAAGCGACAGCACACUACCAAAGACACAUCCAGUUCCCUGGAGAUGAUGGUCUGAUGCAUGAUGUAGAUUUGGAAGACGAGGUCGAUGAGGAGUUACUUGUGGGCAUUGCUGAACGUAACGCCUACUAUUUGUUCACCAGACUCAACCCUGACUCCGCUCAAACUUUGGUCAUCAACGACGCUGAUUCCAUCAGAAACUCAAACUUCAACCCAGCCCAUAAUACCGUAGUGGUUGUUCAUGGCUGGCUUGGAAACCAGAACACCGGCAUCAACGGCAGAAUCCGAGAUGCCUAUCUUGGUAAGGGUGAUGCCAACGUGAUUGUUCUUGACUGGAGACGUCUGGCAAGGUCUAACUAUGUCACCGCCGUCCGUGGUGUCCCAAUUGUGGGCGUGGGAUUGGGGCAGUUCGUCCGUUACCUUGUCGGUGUCACUGGAGCUAGCUACGAUAGGAUCCAUCUAGUUGGCUUCAGCUUGGGUGGUCAUUUAGUUGGUAACGCUGGAAGGGAAUUGGAAGGAAGAGUAGCCCGGAUUACAGCUCUAGACCCCGCUGGUCCCUUAUGGGUCUUCAACUCCAACCGUAUCAAUUCAAACGACGGUAGAUACGUUGAGGGUAUUCACACUAAUGGCGCACUCAUCGGUCUCGGCUACGGCUCUGCCAUAGGUCACGUGGAUUUUUUCCCCAACGGAGGCGAAUCCCAACCUGGCUGUCUCACCCCGAUCUGCGACCACAACCGUGCCUGGGAAUUCUUUGCCUCCACUGUAUCUUACAACCAUUUGGUUGGCAGAGAAUGCUCAAACUCUCUCCAGAUUAGUCUUAACACGUGCCGCGGGAAUCAGUUCCCGAUGGGCAAUGACCAUAUGGAUAAACACGGGUCUGGAAGAUACCGUGUCAACACCAAAAGGCGAUACCCUUACUAAGCAACAAUAAAUAAAUUGAACUGGAAAUAAAAAUGAAUGAAUUUAAAUUAAUAUAAAUUUGACUGGAAGCAAUCCCUUUCUGGGAUAAGUCUGCCUUUGUACUCAUCUAUUUCUUUAUUUUACUUCUUUCUCUGUUUGAGUUUUCUUUCGGCAAAAAAGAGUUUACAAACAACAAACAAUAUAUAUUUCUCAAUAUUA